GUUUGCCAAACAAAAUUUCUGCAUAACACCGACCUAAAACGCACGUGCAACUGUUAAAAGUACAAAUUGGUGUCCACGGAGAAAACUCGCAAAACAUUCCGAAAAUGUGCGAAGAACCAUUCAAUAAAUAUCAUUUAUGCAAUUUCAACGAGCUUGUCGUAGAACAAGAUUUGCCCACUGAAUCACUACAUCAGCUAUGGUCUUGCAAAUGGACAACAACGCGUUUACAAGCUAUUUUAGAUAAUUGGUUUCAAUAUAAAAAUGCGGAACCAAGCUUAGAGACUGCUGAUACCUUACUCUGUCAGGUCGUAGAGUUGACUUUGGUGUUUGUACAAAACAAUUUCACAGGACCAUUUAAGCAAUUAGAAGAAUUUACGGUCUUUUUGCAAGCAAAGCAACUACAAGAGUAUGAUCCCUUUAUACGCUUAAUGGAAAAUGGCGAAGAGAUAAAUCCAAAUGUAAAGCUUGGCGAAUUAUUAGUACUGGCGAAAGAAAUUCUAAAUUUUUUACGCCAAAGGUGGCCAGAAUCUUUGUAUCUUCAAUGGUGGUAUAUGCGCAUCGUUCACAUACAGCAGCAGGUAAUUGACGAGCUUACUAACAAUUUAUAUGAGGAGCUCAAACUCGUUGCUGAGUUUUUGCUAAAAAAUGUAGAUAAAGCGCCCGAAAAAGAACUGCAAGCGUUGCUCUACUUGGAGGUGGCAAAUGGUUAUUUGCUAUUUCAUCGUUCACAAAAGUGCGAUGAAACACUUGAGGAAUUAUGUCAGCGUUUGGGUAUAGUUUUAAAUAUAGAAGGUUUACUUGGCUUACGCACAAAAUUCCAGCAAAAGCCGCUUCCGCAACUUUGUUUGAAAGUGCAGCAUUGUAACACGGAAUUGCCUUCGGCGCAGGACACUAAUAGCAAGACGAAUCUACCCAAGUUACUGUUAUUGGACGAUGAUACGCGACUUGAGCGUAUACGCUUUAUUGAGCCCAAAGACAACGAGGUCAUGACACUGCCAAGCGUUUUGCAGGCCCUAGUAUUGGCAAGAGUCAAGCAACUUAAACGCUCGCAGCCAAAAGAUCGACUAGCCGAUGAAGAACUGGAGCCUUACAUAAAAACGCUACUUUACCAGGAGCAUGGUCCUCUACAAGUUCGUCAAUCUGCCCUGCUGCUUAACUGUGUACAAGAGUCGAAUCAACGACGCACUGUGGAGCGCAGUUGGAAGCAGUGCGAAGGCGCUGUAAAGCUUCUUGAUAGUCAUAUAUAUACAUUACCAGAACGCCUUUCAUACGCAUUCGCAGGUUUCCUGCAACCCAAGUGGCAAGUGCAAAGACAGCUAUGCGAAUUAUUACUCUCACUGGGUAUGACAAAAACUGCACUAGACAUAUACCUACAAAUACAUGCGUGGGCAGAGGUUAUUCAAUGUUAUACAAAACUUGACUUGCGUCACAAAGCCGCAGAGAUUAUACAACAGGAAUUGGCGAAGAAGCCUACAGUACUGCUGCAUUGCUUGCUAGGUGAUGCUAUAGACGAUCCAAAUUGUUAUGCUACUGCCUGGGAGUUCUCGAAACAUACGAGCGGCAGGGCGCAAGCCCAUUGGGGUUCUUAUUAUUUCCGUAAGGCUGAAUAUGCUGAGGCCAUACCGCAUUUAGAAAAAUCUGUAGAGAUCAAUUCUUUACAAGAGAAGAUAUGGCUACGUUUGGGCUACGCAGCUAUAAAACUAGAGCGGUGGGAGCUGGCCGUGCAUGCCUAUAUAACCUACACACAUAUAGAGCCAUUGGGUUUUGAGUCGUGGAAUAACUUGGCAAAGGCACUGGUGAAGUUGGGAGAUAAAAAGCGGGCACAUAAGGUGCUAAGCGAAUCAUUGAAAUGCAAUUACAACAACUGGAAGGUCUGGGAAAAUUUUAUGAUUGUCUCGGUUGAUACGUGCAAUUUGGAGGAUGCCAUGAAUGCCUACAGUCGUCUCAGCGAGCUGAAAGAUCGCUACCUUGACUUGGAAGUACUUUGUGUUACUAUAGGCGCUAUUUUAGAGGGUAAAGCUGACGCCAAGGGGCAGACUCAGGAACGUUUACGCAAGAAAGCUAUAACGUUGUUGGCGCAACAAUGUGUUAAACAUGGAAUUGAGCCGAAAGUAUGGGAGUUAGCGGCACUGCUUGCUGUCACGCCGCUGAAUAGGGCACAAAAGUUGGUGAAAUCAGUCAAUGCGUAUACCACAAAAGAGCUGGAGUGGGCAACGAAGCAGCUAUAUGCGCUCAAAGUGAUACAAAUAUGUCAGCAAGCAUGUGAACUAUCUUUGGAGGCAACCAAUGAGCAUACCCUGGAAGAAACUGAAGUAAUGAUAACCUCACAGUUAAAUUCUGCUCGUCUUGCAGCACAGGCAGUGAUACGCGCAACAGCGAAAGUUAAUGAGAAGUGGCCCGAAAAUGAAGCAGCCUUAGCUGAAUUGAGGGAGAAAGUUGAUUCGCUGACAUUGAAGGUUAAAGAGCGUAUGUAUGUUAGUUGAUAUUUUUAUAUUAAUUAGGGUAGCUAAAAUUAUUUUAAAUAAAAAUAAAGUUUAUUGCAAGUGAC